AUGGCCUCUUGUUCAAAUAUUUUGGUAGUUUUCUUGGUGCUUUUGUGGGUUUUCAUUGCAAAAGCGGAUACUACAAUUAGUUUGAAGAAAUAUGGUGGGAUCCCAGGUGGCAAAAUUGAUAGCACCAAGGCUUUGCAAAAAGCAUGGGCCGAUGCUUGUGCAGCUGAAGGCAAAUCCCAAAUAAUAAUCCCUCAUGGUGACUACUUAGUCGGCCCGGUACUGUUCAAAGGCCCAUGUAAGGGCCCGGUGACUAUCCAGCUAGAUGGGAAUCUUUUGGCUGACGCUAACCUUGGUCAUUACAAGAGCAAUUGGCUCGAUUUCCAAUAUAUUGAUGGGUUGACCUUCAAAGGUAGAGGGAAGCUUGAUGGUCAAGGAGCGAGCGCAUGGCCUCAUAAUAAUUGUCCCAAGAAUUGGAGUUGCAAGCUACUUCCAAUGAUGUACUAA